AUGUCGCUCCUAGGGACAUUGAACUCCAACGUCACCGGCACUCAAGAUGUGCAGGAAUCCCAUGCUGCUCACAUGGAAUCUCGCCGCCAUGAUCCCACAGCUAGCGUGAGCACUGAUGACACCGCUAAUGAGAAGAGCGAAAUUGGCAACGAAGGAUACAACGAUGUCGAGAUUACCCGCCUAGCCCAGCAGCUCACCCGCCAGUCAACGCGCUUCUCUGUCUCAACCCACAAUGCAGAGAAUCCAUUCAUCGAAACCAACGAGGACUCAACUCUGAACCCUCACAGUGAAAACUUCAAGGCCAGAGAUUGGAUGAAGAAUCUUCUUGCUAUCCAAUCCCGCGACCCAGAACGUUAUCCGAAGCGCCAGGCUGGUCUGGGGUUCAAAAACCUCAGUGUACACGGAUUUGGUAGUCCCACAGAUUACCAAAAGGAUGUGGCCAACUCCGUUCUGGAAAUUGGUGCCUUGUUCCGCAAGAUGACCGGCACUGGCAAGCAGAAGAUUCAGAUCCUCAGCAACUUCGAUGGUCUCAUUAAGAGCGGGGAGAUGCUCGUCGUCCUCGGCCGUCCUGGAUCCGGCUGUUCGACUUUCUUGAAGACCAUUGCAGGAGAGAUGAACGGUAUUUUCAAGGAUGACAAUUCUCACAUGAACUACCAAGGAAUCUCCGACAAGCAGAUGCGAAAUGAGUUCCGCGGUGAGGCCAUCUACACUGCCGAAACUGAUGUUCAUUUCCCCCAGCUUUCUGUGGGAGAUACUUUGAAGUUUGCUGCUAUGGCUCGUACCCCGCGCAACCGUUUGCCGGGAGUCACUCGCGAUCAGUAUGCAGAGCACAUGCGUGAUGUCGUGAUGGCCAUGCUUGGUCUUUCGCACACCAUCAACACUCAGGUCGGUAACGAUUUCAUCCGUGGCGUCUCCGGUGGUGAGCGGAAGCGUGUCAGUAUCGCCGAGGCCACCCUCUGCGGGAGCCCUCUGCAAUGUUGGGAUAACAGUACCCGUGGUUUGGACAGUGCCAAUGCCCUGGAGUUCUGUAAGACAUUGGGAUUGAUGUCCAAGUACUCGGGUACCACCUGUGCGGUUGCUAUUUACCAGGCAUCCCAGAGUGCCUACGAUGUCUUCGACAAAGUUACCGUGCUGUACGAGGGCCGACAAAUCUACUUCGGCCGCACAACUGAGGCCAAGGAAUUUUUCACCAACAUGGGUUUCCACUGUCCCGAGCGUCAGACUACCGCCGAUUUCCUGACCUCUCUUACGAGCCCCGCUGAGCGAGUCGUUAAGCCUGGCUUUGAAGGCAUGGUUCCCCGUACCCCCGAUGAGUUCGCCGUUGCUUGGAAAAACAGCGCUGCGUACAAGGAGCUUCAGAGAGAAAUCGCCGAAUUCGAUACGCAGUACCCUAUCGGUGGCGAGUCCCUGGGCAAGUUCGUCGAGUCUCGUACGGCUAUGCAGUCCAAGGGGCAGCGUGCCAAGUCUCCAUACACCCUAACCGUCGUCGAACAAGUGCAAAUCUGUGUGACACGUGGUUUCCAGCGUUUGAAGGGCGACUACAGUUUGACUAUCUCCGCCUUGAUUGGAAACACUAUCAUGGCAUUGAUUAUCGGUUCGGUUUUCUUCCAGAUGCCUGACGACGUGACCAGUUUCUACUCUCGUGGUGCUCUUCUCUUCUUCUCUGUCCUGCUCAACUCUUUCUCCAGUGCCCUGGAGAUCCUGACUCUUUACGCGCAACGUCCUAUUGUCGAAAAGCAAGCUCGCUACGCCAUGUAUCAUCCGUUUGCCGAAGCGAUCUCUUCAAUGCUGUGUGACAUGCCGUACAAGAUUCUCAACGCCAUCACUUUCAAUAUCACACUCUACUUCAUGACUGGUCUUCGCCAAACCCCCAGCGCCUUCUUCACCUUCCUACUCUUCUCUUUCAUGACCACGAUGACCAUGUCCAUGAUUUUCCGUACCAUCGCGUCUUACUCCCGCACUCUGUCUCAGGCUUUGGUGCCUGCCGCCAUCCUGAUCCUCGGUCUGAUUAUCUACACUGGUUUCACCAUCCCAACCCGCAACAUGCUUGGUUGGUCUCGCUGGAUGAACUACAUUGACCCUAUUGCUUAUGGCUUCGAGACUUUGAUUGUCAACGAGUUCCAUGGUCGCAACUUCACCUGUCCAGAGAAGUCGUUUAUCCCGGCGGGACCCUCCUACACGGAUGUCGGGGCUUUCAGCAAGAUCUGCUCGCAGAAAGGAGCCGUGGCCGGCCAAAACUUUAUCAGAGGCGAGGACUACUACACUCAAAGCUUCCAGUACUCCAACAGUCACAGGUGGAGGAACCUGGGAAUCAUGAUUGGAUUCACGGUCUUCUUCAUGGGCGUCUACCUUGUCGGUACCGAGUACAUUUCCGAGGCAAAGUCCAAGGGCGAGGUUCUGCUUUUCCGUCGCGGCUACGCCCCUAAGCACUCUAGCAACUCCGAGGAUGACAUCGAGCAGACUCAAGCCGUGUCCGCUGCUGAGAAGAAGGACGGCGCUAGCUCCGAUGGCGAACAAACCACCGCUGCCGCAAUCCAGAGACAAACUGCUAUUUUCCAAUGGCAAGAUGUGUGUUACGAUAUCAACAUCAAGAAAGAGGAGCGUCGCAUUCUUGACCACGUUGACGGCUGGGUUAAGCCUGGGACCUGUACUGCUCUUAUGGGUGUUUCUGGAGCUGGUAAAACCACUCUUCUAGAUGUCCUUGCCACGCGCGUGACAAUGGGUGUUGUAUCCGGUGAAAUGUUGGUUGAUGGUCGCCCUCGCGAUCAGUCUUUCCAGCGCAAGACUGGCUACGUCCAGCAACAGGAUCUCCAUCUCCACACUACCACCGUGCGUGAGGCUCUCCGCUUUAGUGCUGUUCUCCGUCAACCUCGUCACGUUCCUCGCCAGGAGAAACUCGACUAUGUCGAGGAAGUGAUUAAGCUUCUUGGAAUGGAACACUAUGCGGAUGCUAUUGUCGGUGUUCCCGGCGAAGGUCUCAAUGUUGAACAGCGUAAGCGUCUUACUAUUGGUGUUGAGCUGGCUGCCAAGCCGCAACUGCUCCUGUUCCUAGACGAGCCCACUUCCGGUCUUGACAGUCAGACAUCUUGGUCUAUCUUGGAUCUCAUUGAUACCUUGACUAAGCACGGCCAGGCUAUCCUCUGCACUAUUCACCAGCCUUCUGCCAUGCUCUUCCAGCGAUUUGAUCGUCUCCUAUUCCUCGCCAAGGGAGGUAAGACCGUCUAUUUCGGAGAUAUCGGUGAGCAGUCUUCUACGCUUUCCAGCUACUUUGAACGAAAUGGUGCGCCCAAGCUGUCUCCCGAGGCCAAUCCGGCUGAGUGGAUGCUGGAGGUUAUUGGAGCUGCACCCGGAACCCACAGUGAGAUCGACUGGCCUGCCGUGUGGCGCGAUAGCCCUGAGCGCCAGGCAGUUCACAACCACCUCGCUGAGCUCAAGUCCAACCUUUCUCUCAAGCCCGUUGCCACAAACGACAACGACCCAACUGGCUUCAACGAAUUCGCUGCACCGUUCAGCGUCCAACUCUGGGAGUGUCUCGUCCGUGUCUUUAGCCAGUACUGGCGAACCCCCGUCUAUAUCUACUCCAAGAUUGCGCUCUGCACCUUGACGGCGCUGUACGUCGGUUUCUCUUUCUUCCACGCCCACAACAGUAUGCAAGGUCUCCAGAACCAGAUGUUCAGUGUCUUCAUGUUGAUGACAGUCUUCGGAAACUUGGUGCAACAAAUUAUGCCGCACUUUGUCACCCAGCGCUCCCUCUACGAAGUCCGUGAACGCCCCUCAAAAUCAUACUCUUGGCAAGCCUUUAUGGCCGCAAAUAUCACCGUUGAACUUCCCUGGAACGCCCUCAUGUCCGUCCUCAUCUUCCUCUGCUGGUACUACCCCAUCGGACUCGAACGCAACACCAGUUCUGAGGACCUCCACGAGCGCGGCGCCUUGAUGUGGCUCCUCAUCCUGACCUUCAUGCUCUUCACCUGCACUUUCGCCCACAUGAUGAUUGCCGGCAUUGAGCUCGCGGAAACUGGUGGCAAUCUCGCUAACCUGCUCUUCUCCCUUUGCCUGAUCUUCUGUGGUGUCCUCGCGACCCCCCAGACAAUGCCCCGCUUCUGGAUCUUUAUGUACCGCGUCUCGCCAUUCACCUACCUAGUCUCUGCAAUGCUGUCGACCGGCACAUCUGGUGCCAAAGUCAUCUGCGAGGACAUUGAGUUGCUUCACUUCGAGCCCACGGCAGGCAAGACCUGCGGCGAAUACAUGCACGAUUUCAUCGUCGGGACAUCUAACGCUGUCGGCCGUGGUGGUUACCUCGUGGAUGCCAACGCCACUAGCGACUGCUCUUUCUGCACCGUUGACAGCACCGACACUUUCCUCCUGGGCGUGAGCAGUUCCUACAGCGACGCGUGGCGCAACUUCGGCCUCAUGUGGGUGUAUAUCCUCUUCAAUAUCGCUGCCGCUGUUGGUAUCUACUGGCUUGCUCGUGUGCCCAAGGGUACACGCAGCAAGAAGACUAAGACUGCUUGA